CCAGUCUGGCUCUGGCCUGAAGUCCUUCCAAACAUGACUGUGAGGUGUGGAGAGUCAAGCCAGGUUUCUCUGGUGCUGAGUGGUGUCUUUUCUUGGCAGGUCCCAGUGCCAGUCCCAGAGCAACCAGCAGUGUCUCCCCAGCCCUGCCUGGCUUGGGCAGCAUUUACUUGCAUCACUGACAGGAUAUGUGCCCUGGUUGUGUGUGGACAGGUGACCGAGGCUCUAGGGAGGUGGAAGGCUGUCCUCCUUCCUCCCCUCUCCUGCAGGGUGUGACACCAGCGAAGGAGAGCCCUCCUCAAAGUGCUCCAGAGCCAAGUAUGGCCACAGAGAUGGGUGGCAACUCUGAUAUCUGUCAGGAUACUUGGGAUGAUGUGGCUUCUGCUCUGCCCUGUGGCCACCAGUUCUGCUAGGACUUCAUCCUGCAGUGGGCACAGACAAAUCCAUCAUGGCCACUGUGAAGAAGAGCAACAGAAUCUGACAGGUUUUCUGAUGAUGCAGGUGACUAUCUAGAGAUUAUCAUCAAAGCCCCUGAGCAAGCACCAGUGGCCAUGAGCCAGGCAAGGAGAGCUCCUGGUGACCAGGACGAGAACAGCCCCCAUCCACCUGUGCUGGUCCAUCCCUCUUCUCCUCAAGAGACACCAGCCCAAGCUGUCGGCGGUGUUAUGCCUGAGGUCUGGGCACAACUUUUCCGUCAACAACAGGAACUUCUGGACCCUGUGCGGACUUGGCUGAACCAGAGGAUGGAGGCCAUCCAUAGGGACCAGUGGUGGAUGGCAAGGAGCACACAGAGUGCUAUCCUGCAUGCUCUCUGUGUGUAUGGGCCAGACCGGGAGACUAUGAUCCAGAGUUUGCAGGGCGUGCUGGAGGAACACACAGUGACACUGGUCCAGGGCACCAUUGUGAGACACUGCAGCUCAGGGGCCCAGAGGCUGCUGCGCUCCCACACUACUGGGGACAGCCCAGCAGCCAGGAGCAGCUCCAGCAGCUCCAGUUCCAUCUUCUCCAGCUUUUCCAGCCCCAACAACCCCAACUCCUCCAGCCUCAACAAUUUGAGCUCCCCCAGCUUCUCCGGCCCCAACAACCCCAACUCCUCCAACCCCAACAACCUCUACAGCCCCAGCUCCCCCAGCCCAAAGAGCCUCAGCUCCAGCUCCUCCAUCUCUUGGAUAUGGACCCUCUCUAGCAGCCCUGAAGUCUCCACAGAGGAAGAAGAGGAAGCUGCCACAACAGAGACCAACCCUUGUCACUCUAUUGGGAACAAGAAGAACGACACAGACUCUCCUGUGUCAAAGCCACCCUUCAGUUGUGCCAGUGUCCCCAGAGCAGGACCAGCCCCAGGAAGAAGCAGGUCCCCCUGACAGGGACCAGCCCCAGAUACUCUGGUCCCACCCAAGUAGAUGCUGCUCACCUGGACCACCCCAGCGGUCCCUGAAGAGAAAGACCCCUGACCCUGAGGACUCUCCCCACCCCUGCAAGAGGCACCCCCACCAGUAGCACUAGCAAGGUUCUUUCAACCCUUUAAUUAUGAAAAAAGAAAUAAAUUGUUAUUUCCCUCACACAGUCUCUGGGCUCUGCUUCCUCAGCCUUCCCUUUUUGCCCCACCAUGGGUGGCACCCGUGUCCUGUGUGGCAUAGCCAAAGGCCCAGGGCCAUGUGGACAGCACCUUUUCCCACAGAAAAUCCAGUGCUCCAAUCUCUCUGGAUGUCUCUGCAUAGUGUCUUUUCCCUCAAGAGAGUCAACAGCAUCUCCCAGUUUGAGAUCAGCAGCAGCCCUGAAUUGGGACAUUUAACUGCAGCAUUCCAAUUUUUGAAAAAUCACAACUUUCUCCUCCAGCCAAGCUUCCAGCUGUCACUCACUUGGUCAGUUCCCAUGAGGUGUCCGUCCCACAACAGCAUAGGGAGGCUCACAAGACCCUGCUGGGAGCUUGGCUGCACUGAUUCAGACACAUUUUUAUUUAUUCCCACAAUUGUGUAGCUUGAAUGAUACAAAGAGGCUUUUGUUUGGUCAGCAGUGGUGCCAGACUGCACCUUGCUGGCACAGUGCUCUUCCCAUUCUUCAGGAUUCAGGUGUGGAGGUCAGCUCAGCAAAGGCUAGAGGAGAAAAGUCAAGCUGCACCCCUGGGGCACCUUUUGUGUAUUUGCAGAUUUCCUUUGUUCAGGGGCCCACAUGCUGUCCUUUGGAGUGUGUCCUUGUCACCUCAGGAGUGCUCCCAGGGUGGAGGCCUGGUCUUGUCAUUGUGCCGAUGAAAGAACCGUUGCAAAAACAAAAGGCCCUGCUGGGUUUGGAGCUCCCCUGUGGAUGGGCUUAGCAGCUGGUCUGCAGGCCAAACAAUUGAGUUAGCAGAAGUAGAAAUUGCUAAAAUACGAGUUUAUCCAUAGCUAGGAAGAAAGCAAGGCCGUUAGUAUGAAAACUGAUAAAAUAGAUACAUAAGAGAUAUUUGCAAUUAGGGGAUUGUCAGGAAAAUUAAUCCACG